GGGAUGACUAAGAGCCAAUUUCUAGUAACAUAUUCUAAGCAGUGUCAGCCUCUGCUAUCUGAGUGCUGAAUUAGAGAAAGCUGUUACUUAUAUAACUUCCUGUAAUUGCCCAGCAGUAGCUGCAGCUGAGAGCCGCCCUCGCCUCUUGGCGAGCAGGGGACACACAGCCCUUCCAUCCUUGCAGUGGUUUUACCUUCUACCUUUGGGCUUCGUGCUCAGGUCAGUCUUUUUCAUUGAAACUGACAUGCCAUUUUAAACAGAAGACUCCACCGUCUCUUUUGAAGAUGGGAAACUCGUACGCUGGACAGCUGAAGACGACCCGGUUCGAAGAGGUCUUGCACAACUCCAUCGAGGCCUCCCUGCGGUCCAGCAGCCUGGUGCCGAGGCCCGUCUUCUCCCAGUUGUACCUGGAGGCUGAGCAGCAGCUUUCUGCUCUAGAAGGUGGUAGCCGAGUGGACAAUGAGGAAGAGGAAGAAGAGGGAGAGGGGGCCCUGGAACAGAACUGUCCCCCAAAUCCCUACCAGAUGCACCCUCCGCCCGAAGGAUGCUGCACCACUGAUGGGUUCUGCCAGGCGGGGAAGGACCUGCGUCUUGUCUCCAUUUCCAGCGAGCCCAUCGAUGUCCCUGCAGGCUUUCUGCUCGUCGGGGCCAAGUCCCCCAGCCUGCCGGACCAUCUCCUGGUGUGUGCUGUGGACAAAAGGUUCUUGCCGGAUGAUAAUGGACACAAUGCUCUUCUUGGUUUCUCUGGGAAUUGUGUUGGCUGUGGAAAGAAGGGCUUCUGUUACUUCACGGAAUUCUCCAAUCACAUAAAUCUUAAGUUGACCACUCAGCCCAAGAAGCAGAAACACUUGAAGUAUUAUCUGGUCCGCAACGCACAGGGGGCUCUAACCAAAGGACCUCUCAUUUGUUGGAAAGGCUCAGAGUUCAGAAGCCGGCAGACCCCCGCCAGUACUUGUUCCAGUUCUCUCUUCCCGCCAUUGGAGAGCUCCGGGCCUCUGGCGACCUUCUCCAGCGAGCCCAUUCCUGGAACGAACCCGAGCGUCCCGAUGGGAGCCCAGCAGGCAGGACCGGCCUCCGAUCACCCCUCACUGACCGCUGCCGUGGGUCCAGCUGUUUUCAAUGGCAGAGAUUCCGCAAAGCACCCACAGCUGGUGAAGAACAACCUCUCGGCCGUGCCGCGGCCCUCGGCGUUAGGUAUCUUAUCAAACUCCGGGCCCCCCAAAAAACGCCACAAAGGGUGGUCUCCAGAAUCUCCAUCAGCUACAGACAGUAGCUACCCCCAGGGUGGUGGGAACAGAGCUAAGUAUGAGAGUGCAGGCGUGUCCUGCAUGCCCCAGGUUGGCUUGGUGGGACCAGCUUCAGUCACCCUUCCCGUUGUGGCCUCUGGAGAACCAGUGUCCGUUCCUGACAACUUGCUGAAAAUAUGCAAGGCCAAGCCAGUGAUAUUUAAAGGCCACGGGAACUUCCCUUACCUCUGUGGGAACCUGAAUGACGUGGUCGUGAGCCCUCUCCUGUACACGUGCUACCAGAACUCCCAGUCCAUCUCGAGAGCAUAUGAACAAUACGGGGCCUCCACCAUACAGCCCAUCUCAGAGGAGAUGCAGCUCCUGUUGACUGUCUACUAUCUCGUCCAGCUGGCGGCGGACCAGGUGCCCCUGAUGGAGGAUCUGGAGCAGAUCUUCCUGCGCUCGUGGCGCGAGUCGCACCUGACGGAGAUCCGCCAGUACCAGCAGGCGCCGCCGCAGCCCUGCCCGCCCGCGCCCGGCGCCGUGGCGCCCGUCACGUCGGCGCAGCUGCCCUGGCUGGCCGGCCUGGCCGCCAGCUCCUGCAACGACAGCGUGCACAUCAUCGAGUGCACCUACUCCCUGGCCGAGGGCCUCUCCGAGAUGUUCCGGCUGCUCAUCGAGGGCAAGCUCGCCAAGACCAACUACGUGGUGAUCAUCUGCGCCUGCCGCAACGCCGCCAUCGACUCCUGCAUCGCCGUCACCGGAAAAUACCAAGCCCGGAUUCUUUCCGAGAGCCUUCUCACCCCAGCGGAGUACCAGAAGGAAGUCGAUUAUGAGCUGGUUACGGGGAAAGUGGACUCCUUGGGGGCUUUUUUUAGCACCCUCUGUCCAGAGGGCGACAUUGACAUUUUGCUGGACAAAUUUCAUCAGGAAAAUCAAGGCCACAUUUCUUCCUCACUUACUGCCUCCUCUGUCACCAAAUCAGCAUCCCUGGAUGUCAGCGGGGUACCAGUGUGCACAAGUUACAAUCUGGAGCCCCACUGCAUCCGGCCCUUCCAGCUGGCCGUGGCCCAGAAGCUCCUCUCCCAUGUGUGUUCAAUUGCGGAUUCCAGUACCCAAAAUCUGGACUUAGGAUCCUUUGAGAAGGUGGACUUUCUGAUUUGUAUUCCACCCUCAGAAGUGACCUACCAGCAGACUCUGUUCCACGUCUGGCAUUCAGGGGUUUUACUGGAGCUUGGCUUGGAAAAGGAGCACAUGACCAAGCAGAGGGUUGAACAGUAUGUUUUGAAACUAGAUGCGGAGGCGCAGACAAAAUUUAAGUCCUUUCUACAAAACUCCUUUCAGAAUCCACACACGCUCUUUGUCCUAAUCCACGACCAUGCCCACUGGGAUCUUCUGAGCGCUGUUCAUAAUCUCUACGCCCAAAGUGACCCGUCUGUGGGAUUGGUGGACAGAUUGCUCAAUUGCAGGGAGGUGAAGGAGGCCGCCAAUAUCGUGACCCUCCACGUGACUUCCUUCCCUUAUGCGCUGCAGACACAACACACCCUCAUCAGCCCUUACAAUGAGAUCCACUGGCCUGCCUCCUACAGUAACGGGGUGGACUUAUAUCCUGAGAAUAAGAAGUACUUCGGGCUGUCAGAGUUCAUUGAGUCCACCCUUUCAGGACACAGCCUCCCCUUGCUCAGAUACGACAGCUCCUUUGAGGCCAUGGUCACCGCGUUGGGAAAAAGGUUCCCCCGCCUGCACAGCGCGGUGAUCAGGACCUUUGUUCUCGUGCAGCACUACGCGGCCGCCAUGAUGGCCGUGAGCGGCCUCUCGCAGAUGAAGAACUACACGUCGGUGGAGACACUGGAGAUCACCCAGAACCUCAUCAACUCCCCGAAGCAGUGCCCCUGCGGCCACGGGCUCAUGGUCUUGCUGCGGGUGCCCUGCUCGCCGCUGGCGGCCGUGGCCUACGAGCGGCUGGCCCACGUGCGGGCGCGCCUGGCCCUGGAGGAGCACUUUGAGAUCAUCCUGGGCAACCCCAGCUCCGGCAUCUCCGUCGGGAAGCACUUCGUGAAGCAGCUCAAGAUGUGGCAGAAGAUUGAGGAUGCUGAGUGGAGACCUCAGACUUACUUGGAGCUGGAGGGCCUGCCUUGCAUCCUAAUCUUCAGUGGGAUGGACCCGCAUGGGGAAUCCUUACCAAGGUCUUUGAGGUACUGUGACCUGCGCCUGAUAAACUCAUCCUGCUUGGUGAGGACAGCCCUGGAGCAGGAGCUGGGCCUGGCCGCUUACUUUGUGAGCAACGAGGCUCCCUUGGAGAAGGGGGCUCGGCACGAGGCCUUGGAGAGCGAUGGAGAAAAACUGAGCAGCACAGACAACGAGGAUGAGGAGCUGGUGACAGACGGCUCCACCUUGGAGAAGAGGAGCCCCGUGAAGAGGGAAAGAUCCUGCUCUCACGAUUCAGCGUCUUCCUCUCUCUCCUCUAAAGCCUCCAGCUCAGCGCUCUGUGGCGAGUCCUCCGCGCAGCCUGGAGGCCCCUCGCAGGGGGAGCGGGCCAGAUCGCCGCAGCCCUGUGGCCCUUCAGAGGAGAGCAGGGCCCCUGGUGAGAGACAGAGGCUCCGAGCGAAUCGGGGUCCACCCUCGGCCAUCAGCAGGCACAGCCCCGGGCUGGCCCCCCAGCCUGACUGCAGCCUCAAGACCAGCCAGAGGAGCAUCCAGGUGUCUGUCACCUCGUUGUCCUCCCAGCUCUCCUCCUCGGGCUCGUCCUCCUCGUGCACGGUGCCCGCCGCCAGCACGCUCGUCCUGCAGGCCCCCCAGUGCUCCAUGACGAAGGCCUGCCAGCAGCCGCCCAUUGUCUUCCUGCCCAAGCUGGUGUAUGACAUGGUCACGUCCACCGACAGCAGCGGCCUGCCCAAGGCUGCCUCGCUCCUGCCCUCCCACUCAGUCAUGUGGGCCAGCUCCUUUCGCCCUCUGCUCAGCAAGACAAUGACAUCCACAGAGCAGUCGCUGUACUACCGGCAGUGGACGGUGCCCCGGCCCAGCCACAUGGACUACGGCAACCGUGCCGAGGGCCGUGUGGACAGCUUCCACCCGCGCAGGCUGCUGCUCAGCGGGCCCCCUCAGAUCGGGAAGACAGGCGCCUACCUGCAGUUCCUCAGUAUUUUGUCCAGAAUGCUCAUUCGGCUGACAGAAGUGGAUGUUUACGAUGAAGAAGAGAUCAAUAUCAACUUCAGAGAAGAAUCAGAUUGGCAUUACGUCCAGCUCAGUGACCCCUGGCCAGACCUGGAGCUGUUCAAGAAGUUGCCUUUUGACUACAUUAUUCACGACCCCAAGUAUGAGGAUGCUAGUCUGAUUUGUUCACACCAUCAGAGCAUAAAGAGUGAAGACAGAGGGAUGUCCCGGAAGCCGGAGGACCUCUAUGUGCGGCGUCACACAGCGCGGAUGAGGCUGUCCAAGUAUGCGGCGUAUAACACGUACCACCACUGUGAGCAGUGCCACCAGUACAUGGGCUUCCACCCCCGCUACCAGCUCUAUGAGUCCACUCUGCACGCCUUUGCCUUCUCUUACUCCAUGCUAGGAGAGGAAAUCCAGCUCCACUUCAUCAUCCCCAAGUCCAAGGAGCACCACUUCGUCUUCAGCCAACCUGGAGGCCAGCUGGAGAGCAUGCGGCUGCCCCUCGUCACAGACAAGAGUCAUGAAUGUAUAAAAAGUCCAACGUUCACUCCAACAACUGGCCGUCACGAACACGGACUCUUUAACCUGUACCACGCGAUGGAUGGUGCCAGCCAUUUGCAUGUGCUGGUCGUCAAGGAGUAUGAAAUGGCCAUUUAUAAGAAAUACUGGCCCAACCACAUCAUGCUGGUGCUCCCGAGUAUCUUCAACAGCGCUGGAGUCGGCGCCGCCCAUUUCCUGAUCAAGGAACUGUCCUACCACAACCUGGAGCUCGAGCGGAACCGGCAGGAGGAGCUUGGCAUCAGGCCGCAGGACAUCUGGCCUUUCAUCGUGAUUUCCGACGACUCCUGCGUGAUGUGGAACGUGGUGGACGUCGACGGUGGCGGCGAGAGGAGCAGCAGGGAAUUUUCCUGGUCGGAAAGAAACGUCUCUUUGAAGCACAUCAUGCAGCACAUUGAGGCAUCCCCCAACAUCACCCACUACGCCCUGAUCGGCAUGCGGAAGUGGUCCAGCAAGACCGGGAGCCGGGAGGUGCGAGAGCCCUUCUCCCGAUGCCACGUGCACGACUUCGUUGUCCUGAAUGUGGACCUGACCCAGAACGUGCAGUACAACCAGAACCGGUUCACGUGUGACGAUGUGGACUUCAACCUGCGGGUGCACAGCGCCGGCCUCCUGCUGUGCCGGUUCAACCGCUUCAGCGUGAUGAAGAAGCAGAUCGCGGUGGGCGGGCACAGGUCCUUCCACAUCACAUCCAAGGUGGCUGACAACCCUGUGGCCAUCGUGCCAGCCCAGUACAUCUGCGCCCCCGACAGCAAGCACACGUUCCUUGCAGCCCCUGCACAGCUCCUGCUCGAGAAGUUCCUCCAGCACCACAGCCACCGCUUCUUCCCGCUCUCCCUGAAGAACCACGGCCACCCCGUGCUCUCAGUCGACUGCUACCUUAACCUGGGCUCUCAGAUUUCCGUGUGUUAUGUGAGUUCCAGACCCCACUCUUUAAACAUCAGCUGCUCAGACUUCCUGUUCAGUGGCCUCCUGCUGUACCUCUGUGACUCGUUUGUGGGAGCUGGCUUUUUGAAAAAGUUUCAUUUUCUGAAAGGUGCCACCUUGUGCGUGAUCUGUCAGGACCGGAACUCACUCCGCCAGACGGUUGUCCGUCUUGAGCUGGAAGAUGAGUGGCAGUUCCGACUGCGUGACGAAUUCCAGACCGCCAAUGCAAAGGAAGACCGACCGCUCUUUUUCCUGACUGGACGACACAUCUGAGGGAGACACCAGCAGGUUUGCUGGAAGAGUGGAGCACUCAGAACCUCGUCCUGUUGAGGCUAAAGGAAUUCCUAGAACCCCACAGGGUGUUUGAACUGGAAUGGGCCCCAGAGACUGACUGUUGUGCAGCCCCCUUAUGGUACGUGCCAGGGAGCCAAGGCCCAGAGAUGGAUAGAGAUUUAU